UGAGAGACUAAAACACUUUAAUGUAACAAAAGUCUCAGAUCACAUCAGAUGAUUAAUUCUCUGUGACUUCAGGUGAGUCUGUGAGGAGGAGCAGGAGAGCUUCAGUCAGUGAUGGAGGACUCAGAGACAUGAAGAGUUCUGAUCUUUGAUUUCAGGAGCAGAGUGAGACCUCUCUUCAUUAACUCAGCUCUGAAGACAACAUGGCGCCAGAUUCCUGUCCCUGGUUACCAUAGACACAAUAAAGGGUUAUUUUAUAUGUCUCUUUAUAUGUCUAUGCAGGUUUCAGUCCUGUGUGUAGUAGCAGGUAGCAUCAGGUAGCAGCACGUGAGCCUCUUCCUCCUCCAGGUGUCUUCCCUCUCUCACGUGAGGCUCAACGAGCAACAUGGCGGGAACGAUCCGGAGGCUCGAGGAGACCGUGGUGAACCGCAUCGCCGCGGGAGAGGUGAUCCAGAGACCCGCCAACUGCGUCAAAGAGCUGAUGGAGAACUGUUUGGACGCAAAGUCCACAAAUAUUCAGGUGACAGUGAAAGACGGGGGACUGAAGCUGCUGCAGAUUCAAGACAACGGCACCGGGAUCAGGAGAGAAGAUCUGGAGAUCGUCUGUGAGAGGUUUACGACCAGUAAGCUGCAGACGUUUGACGACCUGUCACAGAUUUCUACGUACGGAUUCAGAGGAGAGGCUCUGGCUAGUGUCAGCCAUGUUGCUCAUGUGACCAUCACAACCAAAACAGCUGAUGCUAAGUGCGCUUACAGAGCGAGUUACAGCGACGGAAAACUGAAAGGAACGCCAAAACCCUGCGCAGGGAACCAGGGAACACAGAUCCACGUGGAGGAUCUGUUCUUCAACGUGUCGACGAGGAGGAAAGCGUUGAAGAGCGUCAGUGAUGAAUACUCGAGGAUCGUGGAGGUGGUCAGCAGGUACGCCAUACACAACUCAGGGAAGAGUCUCUGUGUGAAGAAGCACGGAGAGACGGCGGCCGACGUGAGGACGCUGCCCAACGCCACCAUCAUCGACAACAUCCGGACUAUCUACGGGAACGCCGUCAGCAGGGAGCUGAUCGAGGUCGGCGUUGAGGAUCAGAAACUGAACUUUAGUCUGAAAGGAUUCGUCUCCAACGCGAACUACUCCAUGAAGAAAUGUGUCCUCAUCCUCUUCAUCAACCAUCGUCUGGUGGAGUCGAGCGCUCUGAAGAAGUCUGUGGAGACGGUCUACGCUGCCUACCUUCCAAAGAACACGCACCCCUUCCUGUACCUCAGUCUGGAGAUUGCUCCUCAGAACGUCGACGUCAACGUUCAUCCGACCAAACACGAGGUUCACUUCCUGCACGAAGACGCCGUCAUCGAGAGCGUCCAGAAACACGUGGAGAGCAAACUGCUCGGCUCCAACGCAUCACGCACCUUCUUCACCCAGACGUUGUUACCAGGUCUCUCGGGUGCCGUUGAAGUGAAGACCUCCACCUCCGAGUCUUCAGAGCGAGUCUACGCUCAUAACAUGAUCAGAACCGACUCUCGAUCCCAGAAACUCGACGCCUUCUUGCUCCGGGAUCCUGGUCCUGAUCAAGAUCCUGGUCCUGGUCCUGAUCCUGAGCCUAGUUCUGGUUCUGGUCCUGGUCCUGGAUCAACUCACACUGGACCUGGUGAAGUGAUGGAGGACUGUGAUGAUGAAGCGUUGAUGGAAGCUCUGGAUGAACAGGAAGUGGAGCUGAGAGACGAAGAAGUAGAAAGAGUUCCCAGGAAACGACCCAGGAAUGAGCAGCAGGAGAAAGAGGGGGAGGAGCCAAAAAUGGCCGCCACACCGAAUAGACGAGUCAUCAAACUGAACAGCAUCAAAGAGCUGAGAGACGAGAUCAAAGAGAACACACACACAGGUCUUCAGGAGAUGCUGCAGAAUCACUCGUUUGUUGGCUGCGUGGAUCCUCAGUGGACUCUGAUCCAACAUCAGACCAAACUCUACCUCCUGAACACCUCCAAACUCAGUCAGGAGCUGUUCUACCAGAUCCUCACAUAUGACUUUGGGAACUUCGGCGUCCUCAGACUGUCGACUCCUGCCCCGCUCUACGAUCUGGCCCUGCUGGCUCUGGACUCUGAGGAGAGCGGUUGGACUGAAGAAGACGGACCUAAAGAGGGACUGGCUCAGUACAUUGUGGACUUCCUGAAGAAGAAGACCGAGAUGCUCGAGGACUACUUCUCCCUGGAGAUAGACCAGGAGGGGAACCUGACAGGUCUGCCUCUGCUCCUGGAUAAGUUCUCACCUGUGAUGGAGGGUCUACCCAUGUUCAUCCUGAGACUCGCCACAGAGGUGAACUGGGACGAUGAGAAGGACUGCUUCAGGGACUUCUGUAAAGAGUGCAGUGCGUUUUACUCCAUCAGGAAACAGUUCAUCCUGCAGAACGAGCCGGACGCAGAGGUGACCUCGUGGCGGUGGACUGUUGAACAUGUGAUCUUUAAAGCUCUGCGGAGUCUCUUCAGUCCUCCACGGAGCUUCAGCGAGGACGGGAGCGUGCUGCAGAUCGCCAAUUUACCCGAUCUUUACAAAGUGUUCGAGCGCUGCUGAAGAACACGACUCUGUAAACUUUACUUUGUUCUUCUGUUUCAAAUAAAAACUUCAAAAGGAAAAACUC